UUAUAAGACGGUGCACUAUCUUGCCCUCCCUCUCUGUUUUUUCUUCUCUCUCUGUGCAGUGCAGAGUACUGCGCAUACAACUCUGUAAGCUACGCGCUCUGAUCAGAGGCACUCCGCUCUUCACACAGGGCUUAAUGACAUUACCAGCGGUUUAUAGAGUCGUGCUUACACCUAUGCUGCUAUUUUUUAACAAACUCUGGACUGUGUACACAGUGGUAGACUUUUAGACCAGUUGGCUUUGGAUAUAAGCUGUGGAUCGUUGGAGAAUAAAGCAGAGAAAGGAGUGCGUUCUCCCACCGAAGUGUUUUUGUGUACUACGCGUCCACACGUGGCUGCUUACAGCAGGGCUUUAAAGUACAGCCGCCACCUCACAGAUGCUGAAGACGGUGUUUUUUUUAAGCACUGACGACUUAAAGCGCGAGCAGCCAGGAAAAGGGCUGAACUUUCCGAUUCGGUGAGACUUAAAUAAGCAAACAUCAGCACAAAAAGUAAAGAGCGGAAAGAAGAAAAAAAGACGCGCAGGGGGCUUGGCCCAAAAAAAGUUAAUUACCAUUAACUUACCAACAAACCAAUAUUGGCUGUAUAUUUUUUUUCUUUUUAAAAGCGUACCUCAUCAACCACCAAGAUUUCACCCAAAAGCAGACAAGAGGAUCGCCCUGCGCUGACGAGACUGGUCGGCAGGAAGCGGCUAAUAGCGGCUGGAGUGCUUGGAGUCGUCAUGGUGUUAGUGCUGGUGAUUCUGAUCCCAGUUCUGGUUAACUCCGCUGGAACUUCAGCGCACUAUGAGAUGCUGGGAACCUGCAGGAUGGUAUGUGAUCCAUAUGGAACCAAGUCACCGACCGCUACGGCAGACACGGUGCGAGCGGACAACAGCCUCAUGCAGUCUUUACCAACUUUUAUAACAGGUCCGAAAGGGGAACCGGGCCGCCCGGGGAAGGCUGGACCCAGAGGCAUCCCAGGUGAUCAGGGCCCGCCCGGUCCGAUGGGGCCACCCGGGGAGAAGGGGGAACCGGGACGGCCUGGACUACCGGGGCCACCGGGACCCAAUGCCGCGGCGGGGGCUAUCAGCGCGGCUACGUACAGCACCGUUCCCAAAAUCGCGUUUUACGCAGGCCUUAAAAAACAGCACGAGGGCUACGAGGUGCUGAAAUUCGACGACGUGGUCACUAAUCUGGGGAACCAUUACGACCCCACAACCGGGAAGUUUACCUGCUCCAUACCUGGGAUAUACUUCUUCACUUAUCACGUCCUGAUGCGGGGAGGGGAUGGAACCAGCAUGUGGGCAGAUCUCUGCAAAAACAAUCAGGUUCGAGCCAGUGCCAUAGCCCAGGACGCUGACCAGAACUAUGAUUAUGCCAGUAACAGUGCCGUGCUGCAUCUGGAGCCUGGAGACGAGGUCUACAUCAAACUGGACGGGGGCAAGGCCCACGGGGGCAACAACAACAAGUACAGCACCUUCUCUGGAUUCAUCAUCUACGCAGAUUAGCUAACAGACCUAGCCUCAAAACUCAGUCAACCUACAGCCUCACCUCUCAGUCAACCGACAGCCUCACCUCUCAAUCAUACGGAACACCCUCUCCAUGAUCUGUCCUAUAGUAACUAUAGUAACUAUAGGCCCUAGUUACUAAAGCUACCAUAGUGACUAAUACUAUAUUUGAGAGUUGAGGCUAUAGGACCUAGCCUCAACUCUCAUUCCUCCCGACAACCUCAACCCUCAGUCACCUACUUACAGAACACCCUCUCCAUCUAUAUGAUCUAGCUUCAACUUUCAACCCUCAGUCAUCUAAUAUCGCAAG